GCGUUGCGCAUGCGCUACUCGCGGGGCGGAGCGACGGCAGCCGGCGAGGGCCGCACAUGGCGUCGGGCGCGGCGGCCGGGGCCGUGGCAGGCGGCGGCGGCGGGGCGUACAGCCUGGGCCUGGCCAACGAGCGGCUCCGUCUGCUGGAGGAGCUGGAGCGGGAGAUCGGUGCGGCGCUGCAGUGCGCGGGGACGGUGAUCCUGGAGCUGUCGAAGGAGAAGCCCAACGAGCGGCUGCUGGAGCGCCAGGCCGGGCAGUUCGCUGCCGCCGUGCAGAAGGUGGAGGCGGAGCUCUCGGCCCAGAUCCGCUACCUCACGCAGGUGGCCACCGGGCAGCCCCACGAGGGCUCCAGCUACUCGGCCCGCAAGGACUGCCAGAUGGCGCUCAACCGCGUGGACUACGCCCGCCUCAAGCUGGGGGAGCUGGCCCGCGCCUGCGAGCCCGGGCCCGACGCCUAGCCGGCUCCCGGGAGGGGGGAGGGGGGGGCGCCUUCCCACCUUGUAAGGACUGCCUGCCAUGAAUUAUUUUUUGCCAGAAAAGUACGCCUUUUGUCUUUUUCGUUGCAGACAUAUAAGGGGAAAGGCUUUUCUCCACAAUGGAAAGUUCUUUUUAAAUCUGAGGAUACAAAGAUCCGGCACAAAGAGAGGGUUGCGAUGCUAUAGUGAUGUGCCAAUAUAGCUAAAUGGCUGGAUUUUUGAAAAUGGGGGGGGCUGCCCUGGGGAAUCUCUGCCGCUACGGUGACUGCACAUACCUUUGGAGCAUGUGGAUCAGUGUGGGUUUUAUAGCAUGGUGUGUUAACUCCCGCUGCUGUAAAGGAUGCACAGCACCCUGGGACCCAACGCAGAGUUGCAGCCCUGCCCGCCUUCUGCUGGUU